CAUGAAGUAUAACGAGAUGAUGAUAUUAAUUUGGUGCUGCUUGGGUGCCCUGUGUAACUCGAGCAUGGCAUUUUCUCUUGGCAUCUUACAAAACUAUAUUUACAGUGCUUUUUUGUAUUACUCACCUCGACCUGAACUUAUGCAAAGUGGUCAAGAUAUAAUGCACGUGUUUGCCACAACUAUAUUGAUGGUAGGAUGUGGUUUCUGUUGGACUUUGGGUUACAUUAAACUCGUCCUCUCACCCCUUGUCUUCCAUAUAUGCGCAACCGUGAUUUUGAUUGGAGCAACAAUAACUCUGAAAUGGUGGUACCCGACAAUUGCAGCUUUCACCAUCUACUGUGUGAUUAAUGGUUACUUGACGGGAGUGCUGCACGUUUACUUCUCCGAAGUUUUGAGUAAGUUAGAUCCGAAGAAGUCAGGACUCUACAACGGCCUCUACGGGUUCUUCUUUGGGGUGUCUGGAAUUCUCGCAAAUAUCAUAGCUGGUCUAUACAUCAAUCCUGCGAACAACAUGGUCAACAAAUUCCCUCAUCCUGUCGACAACUCCGAUUAUUCAAAUCCAAGCAAAGUGUUUUUAGUGUAUAAUGUCAGCGUGAACUCUUAUGACGCGGACCCUGAUAUGAUAAACAGAACUUGCGACUCUUGGCUGAUAUAUGGAAUGUUCUACGCCGUCUGCUAUUUACCUGGCAUUUACUUCAUCAGUUGCAAAAAAUCUUCAGAGAAACGAAAGCCCGGCACAGAAGAGUUAGAAUCUGCUUACGAUACAUCAGUUUUACUGGAUAACGAGCAGGAUAUGAUCAGUGGAGGAUACGGAAGUACAAACGAAUACACCCACAGUUUUGAGAAGGAGUUGGAUCUAGGAGGGAGCUUCGCGUUCUUUUUUGGUUCCAAAGAAGCAUACCUGUAUCUUAGCUGUACUGUUUCUAUCGGAAUUGCUAGCUUGGUGUCAGCAGAUCUGUACAAGUCCUAUGGAAUGAAAGUGUACGAUAAUGACAGAUUUUACAACUUGGCUGGCACCGUGGUACCUUUAAUUGGGGGAGCUGGUAGAGUUUUGUGGGGUGCUCUCUACGAUCAUCUCUCUGAGAAGUGCAUCUUUGCUUUCAACAGUCUUGUCGUUACUGUUUCUCUCGUCGGGAUGACAAUGACAAGACAUUAUCCCUUUCUGUACAUCUUCUUUGUAGCAACAACUGCUAGCAGUCUUGGAACCAUGUCCUGCCUCGCCCCCGCCAUCAAGAAAAGGUUCAGCAACUGCUCCUUCUCGCUGAUACUGGGUCUGGCUAUGUGUGGGGAGGUGCUGGGUACUCUCCUCUACAUGCUGGUAACCAGCGCUCUGGCUCACUUGUUAUCGGAUGCUGUGAUGCUCUACAUCCUAGCUGUGCCUCCUUGUAUUACCUUCCUCUUGUCUCUUGUUACCUUGUGAGCGCAUCAUACGUAACGCGUUAUACGUAACGCGUUAUACGUAACGCGUUAUACGUAACGCGUUAUACGUAACGCAACAUAUAGGUAACGAUCAGGACUGUUUUAAAGAAGGAGACGCGUGAUCUGUGGUUGAGGUGGCUGGUGCUGGCGCUGGCUUAGUCAACUGUUAACAGGAACCAAGAUUCAGAACAAAUAAUGACUGAUAAGAUCGUCAUGAGCUGUUUAGAAAUAAGUGGGAUACUGACAACAUGCGAGAUUACUAGUUUUCUAAGUUUUCAUAAUAUGGAGAGUGUCUGAAUUUGCUUAACAACCGGAUACUUGAUUAGAAAAAAGUAAGGAUAGUCUUUUGUACGACCAACAGAGGUCUUAACUUUGAUGUUUGACCCGAACAACCAGCUAAAUGUUAUUUGUAUUUAAUGUGUAAAAUUCUAAAUGGACAUCACCUGGGCCACGUGAUUUGUUUAUCUUGCAUGAUAGAGUUGCCACCAUAGUACUCAGUACUUGGCAGUUGAAAAAUUAUUUGAUAAGCUAUCAAUUAAUCCUAAUUUCAUUAAUGAGAGUGUUUCGGAAAUGUCAUAUCACAAUUUUUGCAUAAAGCCGAAGAGGUUUUACAUUUAAA